ACUUACACACAUUAUUCAGCAUAGACGGCAAACUAAAUUAUAAUUAAAUUUUGUUUUUUUUUUUACAAUAUUAUUUGAAUUAAAAUACUAAAAAAAUCAAUUAUAAAAAUGGAUGUAGAUUUACUAUCAUUUGAGAAUCCAAUUUUUAAAUCUUAUGUUUUUUGGUCAGCAGUUUUAAUUAUCAAAAUGUUAUUGAUGGCACCUUUAACGGGUUUCCAUCGUUUUAGAACACAAACCUAUAUCAAUAAGGAAGAUCUAAUAGUAUACGACUGGCUAAAAUGUAUACCCCUAAUUAAUUCAUUUGCCAAUCCAGAAGAUUUACCAUCAAAGAAACUUAAAGUUAAAUUUGAUGAACCAAGUGUUGAGCGCGUAAGAAGGGCACAUCGUAAUGAUUUGGAAAGUAUUUUACCAUUUUUUGUAGCUGCUUUCUUCUAUGUAUUAACAGGUCCAAAUGAAUUUAUUGCAAUAAAUUUAUUCCGUGCUGUUGCUGUAUCAAGAAUUUUACACACUUUUGUAUAUGCAAUUGUACCAUUACCACAGCCAUCAAGAGCUUUAGCAUUCUUUACAUGUUUAUUAGCUACAUUAUAUAUGUCAAUAAUAGUUAUUUUAAAGACAUUGUAAAGUGUGAAAUAAUUUUAUGUGGAAAUUAUAAAAAAUAAGUUUUUUAUAUUAUGUUAUUUUAAUAUAAAUCUUAUAUUUUAAAAUGUUUUUUUUUCUUUAUUAUAUUGUACACGUGAAAUAAUUGUAAAUUUAUAUGGGUGCAAAUUUUUCGUUAAGCAUAGUAUAAAUCUAUGUAUUUUGUAUAAUUUUAAACUUGUUAAAAUGUAAAUUUAAGAAGGCAAAACAAAAUAAUGUAAAAUUUUUAAAGGUGUAAGAAAAAUUCC